AUGAGCCACGCAUCCUGUCGUUUGCUGCCGAAUCUCACCUUAUCAACAAACGCCGACGGUUGCCAAAUCCAUAUUAAUCGCUACUACGGUAAAGGGAUGUGCGACCUUGUAAAUGAAGAAGACGUGCGUACGAUAGAAAAGUCGUAUGAUGUUACAACCACCAUACUAGGCAAUAAAAACAUUGAUGCCGUCGGAGAUUUUCCCCAGACCAUGG